GGGGGGCAUCUCACAUAUCUGAGUUCUCUGAAAAGCACUUCAGCAAAACACACUCACUUCAAAUCCACUCACCAUGCCUCGUAACACUGAGAACCUCGCCCCCUACAAGAACGAAGGGGUAAAAGGGUACCAUGAGUACAUCGUCCAACAACCGCGACCCAUCGGUUCACUCCUCCCCUCCGACAAGUUUCCCCAAAAUGCUCACCCUCCGAAGUUGUUUGAACCAUUGACGAUCAAGGGUAUAGAAUUUGGCAAUAGAGCUUGGGUCUCGCCCAUGUGUCAAUAUUCUAGCGACAAUGGACAUGCUACAGACCACCACUUUAUCCAUAUUGGAAGUAUGGCGAUGCGAGGAUGGGGUAACAUCAUCAUCGAAGCUACUGGAGUGGUCCCGGAAGGAAGAAUCUCUCCUGAAGACGCAGGAUUGUGGACAGACAGUCAGAUUGAACCUCUUAAACGACAAGUAGAUUAUGUUCAUGCUGUUGGAGGCAAGAUCGGUAUUCAACUCGCUCAUGCGGGCAGAAAGGCAUCAACUCUGGCGCCUUGGGUGGAGACCCGAGCCAAGGAAGAGGGAUGUAAAGGUAUUGUGUCGACGGAUGAAGUUGGAGGAUGGCCCGAGACUGUCAUGGCUCCCUCGGAGCUCUCCUAUCAUGAUGGCGAAUACCCUCUUCCAGCGGAAGCGAGCACAGAGUAUGUCAAAAAGGUCAUGCAGGCGUUCGUGGAUGCCGCCGAGAGGUGCAAAAAGAUCGGAUUUGACUUUAUCGAGAUCCAUGGAGCUCAUGGCUACCUCUUCCAUGAAUUCUUCGACCCCGUUUCAAACAAACGAACGGAUGAAUUCGGUGGAUCAUUUGAGAACCGAGUCAAAGUCGGGGUAGAGACGGCUGCGGCGAUUCGAAAGAUUUGGGACAAACCGUUGUUCUUCCGUCUAAGUGCAUCUGAUUGGUUGGACGAAUCACUGGGACCAGAGAAGGAUGCGAAUGGCGAGUGGAGAUGGUGGGGUAUCGACCAAACGACGUUGCUCUGCCAAAAACUCAAAGACGUCGGUGUAGACCUUAUCGACGUUUCCUCGGGUGGCCUUGAUCCCCGACAAAAGAUUGAUAUCAAACCCGGUUACCAGGUCCACUUCGCAACUCACAUCAAGCAACACGUCCCCGGUGUCCUUAUUGGAUCCGUCGGACUCAUCACUGAGCCAGCGCAAGCCAACGAUAUCUUGCAAAACGAAGAUUUAGACGUCGUCUUGUUCGCAAGAGAAGUCUUGAGAGAUAUUGAUUUCCCAUUGAAAGCCGCUGAAGAGCUCGGAUGCGCUGUUCAGCCAGCAGUCCAAUAUGAGCGCGCUUGGACUCGAAUGGUCGUCAAAAGGGAUAACCUAAAGGAAGCAGCGCAUCAAAAGGCAAAGGUUUGAAGAUUGGUGUAGAUAGAUUAGUAGAGUUGCGUGUAUGCAAUGCGUUCGUCGUCAG